AUGGUCUCUCCUGAUCUUAAGGAACAUACUGAUACUCCUUGGCGUGAGUUGUUUAAAGUAAUAUGCCGUAUUGAUCCAUUUGAUUAUCCUAAUCCACCACUUGUGAGAUGUCAGGAAUUUACUGAUUCCAUACAUAAAAAUUCUGAACAUCUUUGGUGGAGUAGGGAAUAUAAUGAUGCUGGUUGGUUGGUCUUAGCCUCAAUGGACAAACUUAUGCAUGAAAAUAAGGAGCUCACAGAUUCAAUUUCCUGCCUUCAAACUCAGAUAAAAAAUUUAAAAGUUUUUAACUGUGUCCUGACAGAAAAUCUCCUUUCUUUUAGCCACAGGGCUGAGAUUGCAGAAACCCAAAUGCAGUCCCUUAUAAUUCGAUGGGCUGAACUACAACGUAAAUUACACGCUCAGCCUCAGAGGGUAUCUGAAGCAAAGGUGAGGGCACUGAUUGGGAAAGAAUGGGAUCCAAUAAAUUGGAAUGGAGAUGUGUGGGAGGAUCCUGAGGAGGCUGAAGAGGCUGAGUUUUUAGAUGCUUAUGAGAUUAUUUUGCCUGAGCAAGAGAAUUCCCUGCCCAUCGUGGCAGAGGAAUCAUUGCCUUCAUCUUCUGCAGUACUAGUGUCUCCUAAUAUAUCUGGAGAUGCCAAUCCUGUGUGGAAUGAAGAGGAUAAUGCUGUGACUUCUCAGGACCCACCCUCAGCACCCAUUUUUGCCUCUAGGCCCAUAACCCGGCUUCAGUCACAGAAGUUGCCUAAGGGAGAGAUACAUAAUGUGAUCCAUGAAGAGAUCCGUUAUUCUCCCAAAGACCUUCUUGAGUUUUCCAACUCUUAUAAACAGAGGCCUAAUGAGGAGGCAUGGGAAUGGAUUUUACGAGUGUGGGAUAAUGGUGGCAAAAACAUUCACUUGGAUCAGGCUGAGUUUGUUGAUAUGGGCCCAUUAAGUAGGGAUUCUGAAUUCAAUGUUGCAACUCGUGGAGUACAAAAAGGUGUCAACAGUCUAUUUGGUUGGUUGACAGAAGCAUGGCUCAGAAGAUGGCCCACUCUGAAUGAGCUAGAAAUGCCUGAUUGUCCAUCGUUUACUACUGAUGAAGGGAUUAAGAGGCUUAGGGAAAUGGGGAUGCUGGAGUGGAUCUGUCAUGUUAAGCCUCACCCUUCAUAUCGGGAUGAUCCUGAAAGCAUACCAUUUACUAACACUUUGAGAAAUAGAUUUGUGAGGGGAGCACCAGCAUCCCCAAAGAGCCCUGUCAUUGCUCUUCUUUGCAUGCUAGACCUUACAGUGGGGACCGCAGUUGCUCAGUUGAGGAAUUUAAGGGCCAUGGGCUUAAUUGGAUCCCAGAAUGGCAGAGGUCAAGUGGCAGCCCUUAAUCACCAUGGAAGGCAGAAGCAAAACAGUGGCCAGAAUAAUCUGACAUGCAUAGACCUAUGUCUUCCUCCUAUCCUUCCCCAGAGGGACCUAAGGCCUUUUGCCCGAGUGACUGCACACUGGGGAAAGGGGAAUGAUCAGACAUUUUGGGGACUACUGGACACUGCUUCUGAACUGACACUGAUUCCAGGGGAACCAAAACAACAUAGUGGCCCUCUAAUGAGAGUAGGGGCCUAUGGAGGGCAGGUGAUCAAUGGAGUUUUAGCAAAGGUCCGACUCACAGUAUGUCCAAUAGGUCCUCGGAUCCAUCCUAUAGUUAUAUCCCCUGUUCCAGAAUGUAUAAUUGACAAAGAUAUACUUAGUACCUGGCAGACCUCUGCCCUAACCUGCCAUGUGAGGGUGAUUAUGGUUGGAAAGGCCAAAUGGAAGCCCUUAGAGUUGCCCUUGCCUGGUAAAAUAGUGAACCAAAAGCAGUACCACAUUCCUGGAGGGAUUGCAGAGAUUAGUGCCACUAUCAAGGACUUGAAGGAUGUAGGGGUGGUGGUCCCCACCACAUCUCCAUUUAAUUCUCCCAUUUGGCCUGUGCAGAAGACAGAUGGGUCUUAGAGAAUGACAGUAGGUUACCGUAAAGUGAAUCAAGUGGUGACCCCCAUUGCAGCUGUAGUACCGGAUGUGGUUUCCUUGAUUGAGCAGAUUAACACUUCUGGUAGUUGGUAUGCAGCUGUUGAUUUGGCAAAUGCCUUCUUCUCCAUACCCAUACAUAAGGACCAUCAAAAACAAUUUGCUUUCAGUUGGCAAGGCCAGAAAUAUACCUUCACUGUCUUGCCACAAGGGUAUAUUAACUCUUCUGCCUUGUGUCACAACUUAGUUCUUAGGGAUCUUGAUCGCUUUUCUCUUUCUCAGAAUAUCACCCUGGUCCAUUACAUUGAUGAUGUCAUGCUGAUUGGGCCUAGUGAGCAGGAGGUGGCAACCACAUUGGAUUUGAUAGUACAUCAUUUGACAACCAGAGGAUGGAAAAUAAGUCCCACAAAAAUUCAAGGUCCUUCUACCUCAGUGAAGUUUCUAGGAGUCCUGUGUGGAGCAUGUAGAGAUAUUCCUUCUAAGGUAAAAGAUAAGUUAUUGCAUGUGGCUCCCCCUAUGACCAAAAAGGAGGCACAGAGCCUAGUAGGCCUAUUUGGAUUUUGGAGACAACAUAUUCCUCACCUAGGUGUCUUACUCCGACCCAUUUACCAAGUGACUCGGAAAGAUGCUAAUUUUAAAUGGGGCCUAGAACAGGAAAAAGCCCUGUGACAGGUCCAGGCUGCUGUUCAGGCUGCUCUGGCCCUGGGACCAUAUGAUCCAGUAGAUCCGAUGGUACUUGAAGUGUCAGUGGUAGACAGGGAUGCUGUCUGGAGUCUCUGGCAGGCCCCCAUAGGAGAAUUGCAGAGAAGGCCUUUAGGAUUUUGGAGCAAAGCUCUGCCAUCAUCUGCAGACAACUAUUCUCCUUUUGAGAAAAAGCUCUUGGCAUGUUACUGGGCUUUGGUGGAAACAGAACGCUUGACUAUGGGACACCAGGUCACCAUGAGACCUGAGUUGCCUAUCAUGGCCUGGGUAUUAUCUGAUCCAUCAAGUCAUAAGGUUGGACAUGCACAGCAAUAGUCUAUCAUUAAAUGGAAGUGGUAUAUUCAUGACAGAGCCAGGGCAGGUCCAGAUGGGACAAGUAAAUUACAUGAGGAAGUUGCCCAGAUACCUAUGGCUUCUACACCGGCUAUAUUGCCUUCUGUUCCCCAGCAUUCACCUAUGGCAUUGUGGCGUGUGCCAUAUAAUCAGUUGUUGGAGGACGAGAAGACAAGAGCUUGGUUUACAGAUGGCUCUGCAUGCUAUGCAGGCACCACCCGCAAGUGGACAGGAGCAUUACAGCCCCUUUCUGGGAUGUCACUAAAGGACAGUGGUGAAGGGAAAUCAUCACAGUGGGCAGAACUUUGGGCAGUGCACUUGGUAGUGCAUUUUGCCUGGAGAAAGAAAUGGCCAGAUGUGCGACUAUAUACUGACUCAUGGGCUGUGGCCAAUGGUUUGGCCGGAUGGUCGGGAACUUGGAAGGAGUAUGACUGGAAAAUUGGUGACAAAGAUAUUUGGGGAAGAGGUAUGUGGAUAGACCUCUCCAUAUGGGCAAAGGAUAUAAAAAUAUUUAUCUCCCAUGUGAAUGCUCACCAAAAGGCAACAUCAGCAGAAGAGAACUUUAAUAAUCAAGUGGAUAAAAUGACUCUGGCUGUGGAUAGUAGCCAACCUCCUUCUUCAGAUCCUGUCAUUGCUCAGUGGGCCUAUGAACAGAGUGGUCAUGGAGGCAGGGAUGGAGGCUAUGCAUGGGCUCAGCAACAUGGACUCCCACUCACUAAGGCUGAUCUGGCCACCACUGCUGAAUGCCCAGUAUGCCAGCAACAGAGACCAACACUGAGUCUUCGAUAUGGCACCAUUCCCCUGUGUGAUCAGCCUGCGACCUGGUGGCAGGUUGAUUAUAUUGGACUACUUCCAUCAUGGAAGGGACUGCACUUUGUCCUCACUGGCAUUGACACAUAUUCUGGAUAUGGAUUUGCCUUUGCUGCAUAUAACACUUCUGUCAAAACUACCAUCCGUGGACUUACAGAAUGCCUUAUCCACCACCAAAGAAUUCCACACAGCAUUGCUUCUGACCAAGGAACACAUUUUACAGCCAAAGAAGUGAAGCAAUGGGCUCAUGCUCAUGGAAUUCACUGGUCUUAUCAUGUUCCUUACCAUCCAGAAGCAGCUGGAUUAAUAGAAAGGUGGAAUGGUCUUUUGAAGACACAGUUACAGUGCCAACUAGGUGGCAAUAGCUUGCAGGGCUGGGGUAAGGUACUUCAGAAGGCUGUAUAUGCUUUGAAUCGCCCUUUGUAUGGUACUAUGUCUCUCAUAGCCAGGAUUCAUGGGUCCAGGAAUCAAGGGGUGGGAGUAGGAAUGGUACCACUCACCAUUACUCCUAGUGAUCCACUAGCAAAAUUCUUGCUUCCUGAUCCCACAACCUUAUCUUCUGUUGGACCAGAAGUCUUAGUCCCAGAAGGGGGAAGGAUUGUACCAGGAAGUAUAGCAAUGAUACCGUUGGACUGGAAGCUAAGAUUUCCCCCUGGUCACUUUGGUCUCCUCAUACCUCUGAGGAAACAAGCUAAAAAGGGAGUCACAGUGCUGUCAGGGGUGAUUGACCCAGACUAUCAAGGGGAAAUUGUAUUAUUGCUCCACAAUGCAGGAAAGGAAGAAUAUACAUGGAGUGCAGGAGAUGCCUUGGGGCGUCUCUUAGUAUUGCCAUGCCCUGUUAUUAAAGUCAAUGGAAAAUUGCAACACUCUAAUACAGGCAUGCUGAUAAAUGGUCCAGAGCCUUCAGGAAUGAAGGUAUGUGUCACUCCACCAGAGAAAGAACCCAGACCUGCUGAGGUACUUGCUGAGGGCCAAGGGAAUACAGAACAGGUAGUAGAAGAAGGUACCUCUAAAUACCAGCUACAACCCCGUAAUCAGUUACAGAAAAGGGGAUUAUAA